GGGGAGCGCUCGCAGGAGACGCAGAGUGGGAGCGUUUCCACCGGGUCCCGGCUCGGGGAGGGGUGGGGAGGGGGGAGCCGCCUUCCCAGCCUCUGCCCUCCCCCCUCCCUCUUCCCCACGCCCCUCCCUCCCCCCCAGCCCUGCCAAGGAGCCGCCGCACCCCGCUUUUUAUUAUUAUCCUUAUUCUUAUUUAUUAUUUCGGCUUCCAAGCUCCCUGCCCAGCCCCCGAGCGCCCCGUCCCUCCUCCGCCGCCCCGCGCCCCCCCGCCGCCCCUCCCCGCGCAGCCACCACCCCGCAGCCCGGCCGCGGCCCCGCCAGCAGCGGCGAGCAGAGCGGGGCGCGCAGCGGCGGCGCCGGGGCGCCGAGUCCCAGCGGCGGCCGCAGCCCUCCGGCGCGGCCCCGGGACCAUCCCGGGCGCCGCCGCUAGGUGGGGGGGGGAGCCCGGCCCCGGCCGCCCCGGCCGCACAACAAUGACUUUGGGCAGCAGCGGCGGCGGCGGCUGCGGGAUCAUGUCCGAGCGCUCCGCGGAGGAAGAGCCGCUCUCCGAGGUGGAGGACGCGGAUAUCGACGUGGUGGGCCCGCCCCAGGACGGGGGCAAGUACAGCGAGGAGGAGGAGGACGACGAGGAGGAGGAGGACGACGAGGAGGACGAGGAGGACGGCGGCGACCCGCUGGGGCUCGCCCUGCCGCGGAGCGGGGCGGCCCAGGCGCGCAUGGGGGGGUCCCCGGAGCGGCUCUCCCCCGCCGGCGGCUCGGAGCCGGCCUGCGCCCGCGGUGCCGCGCCCGGGGACAAGGCGGCGGCGGGCGGCGGCGGCGGCGGGAAGAACCCGCUGGUGAAGCCGCCCUACUCGUACAUCGCCCUCAUCACCAUGGCCAUCCUGCAGAGCCCCAAGAAGCGGCUGACGCUGAGCGAGAUCUGCGAGUUCAUCAGCGGGCGCUUCCCCUACUACCGGGAGAAGUUCCCCGCCUGGCAGAACAGCAUCCGCCACAACCUCUCGCUCAACGACUGCUUCGUCAAGAUCCCCCGGGAGCCCGGCAACCCCGGCAAGGGCAACUACUGGACGCUGGACCCCGAGUCCGCCGACAUGUUCGACAACGGGAGCUUCCUGCGCCGGAGGAAGCGCUUCAAGCGGCAGCAGCAGCUGCACCCGCCGCACCCCGAGCUGCUGCUGCGCGCCGGGGCCGCCGACCCCGCCGCCUUCCUGCCCGGCUUCGCCUACGGACCCUACGGCUACAACUACGGCCUGCAGCUCCCGGGCUACCACCACCACCACCACCACCACCCCGGCGGCGGCGGCGCCGCGGGCGCCUUCCCCUUCCAGGCUCCGCACUGCCCGUUACCGGCUCCGCCGCCUCCCGCCGCCUCGGUCUUCUCCGCCGCCUCGGGGCUGCCCUCCUUCCUGGGCGGCGAGCUGAACUGCAGGAAGUCCUUCUACCACCCCCAGCUGAGCCCCACCGCCCUGCCCGCCGCCCUGCUCCAGACCCUCAAGCCGGACCCCUCGCCCGGCGGCGGCGGCGGCGGCGGCAGCGGCAACCCCUCCCGGCCCUCUUUUUCCAUAGACAACAUCAUCGGGGGGGCCGUGCCCCCGCCGCCCAGCACCCACCCCAGCGCCGCGCCCGCCGCGCCCUUCCCCGCCGGCCAGGCUGCACCGCCGGCGCCGGUGCUGGCCGUGCUGAGCCCGGCGCUGGCCCCGCCGCACCCCCCGGGCAGCCUGGCGCACGAGCCGCUCCUGCCGCCCGCCCAGAACUUUGCCAGUAAAAUCACAAACCUUAGCAGCUGUCAUUUUUAAAGUGUGCGGGGGGGGGGGGGGGGGAGAAGGGGGGGAGAGGCUCGCACCAAACGGUCCCUUCCCAGCUCUCCCCGCUCCUCCAAAAUCGUCUUCUCCCCUUUCCUCUCCCCGGUCUCCCCCCUUCCCCCCAAACCUCCUCCUGUUGUGUUAAGGUCUCGACAUGUUUGACUGCACCAAAGCAGAGGGGCGAUGGGUAGCCUGGCAGUGCUGAGGGAGCAGGUUUGUGCUGGGUGCAUCCCCUGUGUGCCCCCCUGGGACCCCAGCUCCAGAAGAGCAGAGACGGGGAGAGCCCUGGACAGUGGAGCCAUGCGGAGCAGAGACCUGGAGAGAGCCCAAUCUCCAGAGCAGAGUGUGCAAGGCUAGUGGUUCUCCCUGUGCAAGAAGGCUGAACCAAGAAAUAGCUGCAGAAGGUGGCUUUGAUGGCACACACCUGUGGCCUGAUCCUGCUUGGAGCACACAUCCCCUUGGCUGAGUCAAGCUCAGGUGCUCAGCGCCAUCAGGACUGGGCUCAGGGCUGAGGAUGCAGCUGAACUGGCUGUGCUGCAAGGCCAAGCGCAGCGGAGUGAGGACAUUGGUAUUUAUAAGGUGCUGAAAUGUGCUUGACACUUGAGGAAAGAUCCUCUCCUAUCCCUCAAGGGCUUUCAUUUGAAGGGCUUGAAUCUGCCCUCCAAGAAGCUGAUAGGACCUUCUGGUUCUUAUUAUCCCCUGAGGGCCCUGUGUCACCUCCCUCGCUGUGUGCUGAAGCACCUGCUCAUGUCUUCAUAAUCUUGGAGACCUGAGGACCCCCUGGCAGGAUUCGGCAUCUCUCUCCUGGAUUUGGUCUGCUGGUGUAAAGCCAGGCUGUACGAAGGGUCUGGGUGGGGUGAGGCCUUUGCUAUUCUGAGUCCGUCUGUCCCCCUUUUAAAGCAGAAAUCAUGGGAAUACAGCAUUUAAGCUUAAGGGGAGGGGUUCUGGGAAUAUCUGGGCCUAAAGCUUUUAAAGUAUUUGAAAGGGGGGACAGGGAAGAAUGCUGGGGAGAAGGAUGCAGGAAUAAUGGAAGGAGGUAGAGCCCUCAGCGAUAAGAAGUUUAUUUGACUGGAUCCUGUCCCUGAGUGGCUGUUACCCACCACUUCUCCCUGUGAAGGCACCCAGGAGGUGCUGCAAAACACCUGCAGAUGUAGCCCAGCCACAGGGGCAGCUAAGGGCCUUUGCACCUCUGUUGCUACCAGCUGGUGCAAGAUGCAUGCCUGUUGUGGCCAAUUUAAAUCAAGGCUGUGCUUCUGCUUGGGAGGGAAGGGGUGGGAAUUUCAGCCAGCUCCUCCAGCACCAGUGUCCCAUCCUGUGGGCUGAGGGUGUGCUGGAGCAGAGGGGUGCAUGUGCCGAUGGAGGAGGCUGGAGGACUGGGGGAGCUGCUCCAUCUCCUGGGGAGAGAUGCCAGCCCGACGUUGGAACGAGGCUUUUCAUCCGCCUCUGCCGUGUCAGCAGAGCACAGAUACAGGGGAGAGGUGAACCCGUCUGUGAAUACAUGUGUUUUAAAUGACUAAUAUUUUUUUCUUCCCUUUGGUGCAGUAGGCUUGGCACUUCUCUGUGUUUUCCCAAUUGUCGCGUCUAUAUGGUCUGUUGCCCAAGUAAGGGGAAAAAGAUCCCUUGUGUGAUCUGGAGGUGUAACUUGCUGGAUCUGACAUGUAAAUGUUAAUGAAGAAACAACACUGAAGAGACAAAAAACCCUCCUACCCUUGAACCCCUUGAGAUCCCUUUAUUAUCCUGGCAGUUGUUGCACUUGGACUGGCUUUCCGCAUUCUCAUCUCAAAUCGGCUGGCUCUAGCAACUGUUCCCGAGAUUCCACAGCUAUGUCCUACUGAGGGAAAACAUUUAUUGAAGUUUUCAUAUUAUUGGGGAAAUACAUAUUUCUGCUUCUUUGCAAAGCUCCACUGAUGUUCUUUCUAAGCCAGACCCACAUGUCAGCGGAGGGGCAUGAGAAGCCUCCUCUCACUUCUCUCUUGCAGCCAUUUCCUCUGGUGUGAACUUUGCAUACCCAGAAAUGCCGCAGAGGGGGAUUCCUAAACAGCCACGUGCGUUAUUAGUGGUCAAUUAUGCAUCCACCACCAGCCACUGCUGGAUAGGAGAUACUGGAGUUUUGGAUGAAAACCCAAAUUUUCAUGGAAGCAGAAUGACAAGAAGGCAAACAGGAAAGAAGAGGAGUAAAAUAGUAUUCUCAGUGGCAGUGGUUGCAUUUCUCUAUUUGCCUUGCUGUGUCGUUUCAUUUUCUUCCAGCCACAUACUACAGGGUUAUGAUGAACAAAUUAUGGAAUAAAAUCAUAAGGGAGAAUCAGGAUCCUGAUGAUUUAGGAACAGGAAUGAUACCCAAACUGGCUUGUUGAACUCUGAAUGAUGCAAGAGCCUCUUGGGCAGUGCUGUGAACAUGAGGCCACAGAAUAAUAUAGGUUGGAGGGAACCUCUGGAGGUCUCUCUUCCAACACCCCUUCAAGCAGAGCAAAUAUAGAUCAGGUUGCCCUAGAGCAUUGUCCAGCCAAAUUUUGACUGCCUCCAAGGAUGGAGAUUCCUCCCGUUCUCUUGGUUCCUGUUCCAGUGUUGGACCAUCCUUGGGAUGAUUACUUCUCCUCCUAAUAGCUAAUCAGUUUUCCCUUCUGUAGCUUGCGUUCACUGCCUCUCCUCCUGUCACUGUGCACCUUGACCACUGAUGGCUUUCAAGGUGUGCUAGGGACCUAUUCAGGCCCUGGAGUACCCGCCCAGCAAGUCCACGUUAUUUGGGAAAUGUGCUUCAGAGAUGGUCCCAGCAGGGACAGUGAGUCUGGGUCUCUCAAGCCCACUGGACCUGCCCACGUGUGCAGACCUGGGUGGGAGGUCUCAGCUCUUCCAGAUGGAUCAGUAUUGCUGCUGAACCAGCCUCACCUGUGUAAGGACAGGGUGAUGAUUUCCAGAAGCCUCAUCAUUGCUAUUGCUCUGACUAGAGAACCCCAAAUAAUGCCCAAAGAUUGUUCCCAGAAGCUACCUCCAGGUGACCCAGGAGAUGGCAGAUCUGGGAAGAAAGGACAUACAGUGGCCCUUGGUCUACUGCAGCCAGCUGGGGAAACAAAGGCAUGGAUUAAGAAAAGCUCACCUAGCCAUCAUCAUCGCCAGCUUCAUUGGCAGCUGAGCCAAGCAGCUCCUUCUUCCCAGAGCCCUGACUGCUCUUCCAUGCUGCCUGGGAACUCACAGCACUAGGGCCUUGCUCCAGCCAUGGCUUUUGGUGACAGGCUCACAGACCGGCUGACCUUUUCCAGUACGUUUUGGCAACUGGAAAUCAUCUUAGUGAAAGACAGAGCUGUGACAUGUUUGGCCUCACUUUGGAAAAGAAAAGAAAAGAAAAAGUUGUCUACAAUAUCCCUCCAUGUCCCUGCCCCUGGGAAUCGAUGUGAGGGCUUGUUCAGGGAAGAGGUAGCCUGGCCCCAUGCAGUGAAGAAGGGAGAGGCAGAAGUCAUGAAACAGAGCUCUGUUUGGACCCAAAUUCGAUUUGCAUGAUUAAAACUUGUUGAUCGUGUACGAGGUUUUCCUGGCUGGGAGCUGAACUUGGUUCCACAGCCAAGCUUUUUUCUUUUCCAGAGUGUUCAGCAUAAAUCAGACUUUCACAGCCCCUUUUGAGUGCAAGGAGCAAGAAAUCACGUUUUGUCUGGUGUCCAGGAGCACUGGGAGAAAGGGGCUGUCAGAAACCAGGCCAAACCCCAGGCACAUGCUCUGUGCAUCUUUGCUGCCUGGAUUUGCUUUUUCUCAUCUGGUGUAAAAUGCCACAGCUCUAUCAGCUCCUGUGUGCUGACUUACCUCAGCUGCAAUCCCAGCCAGUCCAUUGAUGGCCAAGUCAAGCUGUGCCGUAACACCUUUUAGGCUGGAUUAUGCUUUCCCCUGCUUUUGACCUAAGCAAUUAGGUGGGUUUUCACACAGCUCUGGAUCUGGCCCAGGGGAUGCUGGCAAGAGGCUGCUUGUAGCCACUCAACAUCAUUUCUUUAUGCUCUUGUUUCCCUAGAGGAUCAGCCCAGACAUGGAACCCUUCCACCUGCUUUUUUAAUCUCCCUUGUCACUAGUCUCACUAGAAUUGUUUUUCCUAAUAUUUAAUCAGAAUUUUCCUGCAUGGUGUCUGCUGCCUCCUGUGCUAUCGCUCUGCAGCUUCAGGAAGAGUCCAGAUCUGUUUUCUCUAUAACUGCCCAUUAGCCUUCUUUUCUAGCUGAACAAACCCCGGUCUCUCUGCCUCCAUUCCUGCAUCUUGUAUUCCAGCCCCUCAAUUUGUCAACAUACUUGCAAUUUUUCUUGUACCACUUCACAAACUUCUGAGGAAGAGAAGCGUGUGUCCACUAACACCCCACGGGGCAGCGAACACCCUGAUCAUCUCCUGGAAGCUCAGGAGGGCGGCGUUUUGGUGGACAUGGGCUGCAGAAAUACGACCACCAUCUGCUGCAGAGCCAAACAGGGAUCAAAAUGUUCGUUGGUGGUCAUGUCGAAACAGAGGGUUAAAGCAUCUCUGCUGGAGCCAUGCCCUGUUAGUGAGAUCCAUACAGUCCAUUAAAAUCAGGGGGUCUUAUUAUGGGCUAUGCAACAAAGGUAAAGAGGAAAUGAGAACUUUAUGAAGUGUUUCUCAUGUGUGUAGAAGGCAGGGGCAUCUCAGGCCAAGGAAGCCUCUCCACUAGGCUUUUUCCCAACAAAGUUGCCCACUUCUUUGCAUGUUUCGCCCUCUUUUAGAAAGAGGUAAAUAGAUGGAGGACUAUCUUUCCUGCACAGGUCUCCAGUGCCACCCAGUCAUGCUGUCCAUGUGAUGGUGAAACAGCCCCUAGGCAUACAUCCUGCUCUCAAAGUCACAGUCACCUCUCCCUCUAGCACCAGUGUCAGCCUUCAAAUGCGAUUUUGGGCCAUACUCCAAGACUAUCCUGAACUCAGAGGAGCUGACUGCUGCCUCGCUCAGUCUAAAUUAGGACCAGUGAGACAUCCUCUGUCCAUCAGUACAGCAGAGCUAUUUAAAAGUGUAUUGAUCUGAGUAGCAUCUGGAGCACAGAGUCCAGCUGAAACUGGGAAUUCAGCCUUCCACCAGUGACACAGCGCUGCCGUUCUGCCUCUAUUUCAGCACUGCAGAAACUGCGAGCCUCGAAUAUGGGAGCCCUUAGUAUGAAAAGGACUUUGGGUCCCUAGCAGAACUAGAGACCCCAGGAGUCUGGGCAUCUGUUUGCUUGCUAUGACCUGCUGCAGGGCUGUUUUUCCCCUUCUUCUCCUGUCCCCACAUGCCACUGUGCCUGGCUGGGCUGCCACGUGGUGAUGCCAGGGCAGGAGAAGGUCCCAGAGCUGCUCUCCAAACCUGUGGGAUCCUGUGGGACCCCUCGGCCAGCACCCUGGGUCCUGCAGGGCCCCCAAGGGAGCAUGGAGGUUGGAAGUGUCCCCAGCAUAUGAUCCUUCUUUGGGCAGGAGUGUAGCCUCCAUGCACCCUCUAGAGCCAGAGAGGGGUGAUUUUUAUCUCCCUGUGCAGGCUAAGAGUAGAAGCAGAGUGAAGCCAAGUAUCUUGGCCAAGGUUGUGUAGAAAGCCUGUGGAGAAGCAAGGAACUACAACCCACUGGUGCCAUGACCACUAGUCACCGCUGCUCGGUGACCUUCUUGCCUCCCAAAGCCGCUCAGCCAGCCCUUUCCUUUCCUUUCCCUUUCCGACUCUUAAAAUAAAACUUGCAAAGGUUUGAGUGUGGUUUUCUUUUCACUAAUAAAUCCCUGCUUGCACUUGAAGCUGCUGUGCCUUUUAAAACAUUAUCUGGAGCUCUGAUUACACUCUUGAUGAAAGCAAACAUGGCCCUAUUAGUUUUCAAGGCAAAAGCAAUGCUAAGUCCUGUUAUCCUUUAUGCACUCAGGGUAGCCCAAGUUUCACAGGAAAGGGAGGGAAAAAAGAAAGGGAUCUUGUGAAUCUGUCUCUGCAUUCACUUCAAACCGAGGACGUUGCACAUCUUUCAUAGCUUCGAUUGGUGCCUACCUUUUUUUUUUUCUCUGUUGCUAUCAACACAUAACUCCAGCUCUGCAACGCCAGCACAGUGCGUCUGACUCUUCAGCCCCCUGGAUGGGGCUGCACCAAGCUGAUGCUGUAACAGGAUCCAUGGGGUGAGGAAGAGCAAACAGGAGCUAUUUAGGCAGUGACGUGAAAUAGCUGCUUUAUAGUGGUGUCUCUUCUUCAAGGCUCAGAGAGGACUCUGGCUCCUGAGGAACUGGAGUUAAGUGCCCACAGAAAUAGCCAGUGCGAAAAACCUCUCCUGUGGGAACAGGUUUGCUCAGGGUCAUUGGUCCAGAUUUGCAGAUGGGUAAACUGAGGCACAAAAGGGUUAAUGCUAUUUCAUGGAAGAGAAUGGGGGAAGAAGGGGAACUCUUCCAUAAUUUCCAAGGUGAGCUUUUCAAAUUCCUUAGGUAUUUCUCUGUCCCUUAAGCAGUGAUUGAAAGGAUUUUGAAAAUGGCUUUGCAGAGAAAGCAGAGACACUAUGCUGCAAACAGACCUGCAAACUCCAAGUGCAGGGAUGUGGAAUAGCUGCAAUGAAGAAAGAGAUGGGAUGGGAUGGGAAGGAAAGGGAAGAUGACAAUGGAAGGAAGGGAAAUAGAGAAAUAGAGAAAGAAAGAAAAGAAAGAAAGAAUGAAAAAAGAAAGAGAAAGAGAAAAAAGGGUGAAAGACACAAAGACCCUCUGCAGCUCCAGCUGGGCUCCACUGAGUGCUGAAGGACAUGUGUUCACCCUUGCACUGCACUGCUCAUGCCCCCUGCUAGUAUGAGUACUGCAUCAAAACACAUUUCCUCCCUUGCAAAAAAUGCUGACUACCCUGUCUGCCCUGAUAAAAACCCCAGCAGCUGUCAGAGGGAUCCAUGACUUGCUGGGCAUCGGAGCUGCUCCUCCAGCCGGAGGAACCCACUGGCCUUGGCUUGCCCGCUGCCGUGGAGCAGCCGGGAGCGGGUGGCAGCUGAGAGAGGCACAGUCAUUACUACAACAGAUGGGAGAGGCAUGACAUUACAUGGCAGGGCUAUUAUUUACCAAGCACUCGUGUUUGUCAUGGCUGAAGAUGACAUCUUAUUAAGAAGUCACAACACUGGGGGAUUUUUUUAAGCCUGGGGGCCAAGAAGGCUAAUGAAUAGGGAUAGCUCUAGGAAUAGAUGGAGGGUGAUGCCAUUUUCAGGUUGCAGGCAAAGCUGACUAACAUUUCACAAACCCGGUUUCUGGGAGACUUCCAGGCAGUGGCGUGUCUCCCUCUUCCUGCUUAAGGGUGGGUACUCACUUGCCGCAGCCUGUUUCACUGCUUUUGUGCCGGGUCAGGUUGAAGCAGCCGUCUCAAGAGACCCUGGCACGAAGGAGCAAAGCCCAAGCUGUGGUGCCAAAGAGCACCCGCCUGUACCCAAUGACUAUGCAUGGCCAAACACAGGUGCUCCUGGAAAUGAUGGCCCUAGAUGAGAUGUGUGCUGCAAAUGGCUUUUGGACAGUUUUCCCUGAAUCCC